CCGCAUAUCGGAGGGCCUGGUAGUGGUGGUGGGGUGUCUGUGGGGUUGAGAUAACCCUGGUCAGUGUUCACGUUAAGUUAUAUAGUGCAAUAUAUUUGUGGCAACGAUUGUGACGACAAUUAUUGUAAAUUAAUACCUAAGUUAACCCAAAAAAACACGUACAAAAUGUUUGCCGUAAUUACCAAAACAUUUCAAUUGCAAAAAACUGGUUUAAAUGUGUGUAAAAUAUCGGCUAAUGUCUGGUCUCAGCGAAACCCGAGCCGCGGUUUGGCCUCAAUUGAGACUAAUCCAAAGACCAAUGAGUUUAAGUACAGCAUAAAUGGUAACUCAAAAUUGACUUCAGACCAGCAAAAGCAAUACGAAGAGCAGGGCUUUAUUGUCGUCAAGAAUCUGAUCCCAAAGCACGACAUCGAGAAAUAUCUCAAACGAUUCAACGAUAUCGCCAACCGUCGAGUGCCGACACCUCCCGGUCUGACCGUCCAGAAGGAGGUAAAGGUGGCCAAAGAGGCGCAGAACGAGAACACUGUAUACAAACUGCAGGACCUGUUCUUCGACGACGUGCUCUUCGAGUACUGCAAACACCCGAAUGUCUUGGAAUACGACCUGUUCUUCGACGACGUGCUCUUCGAGUACUGCAAACACCCGAAUGUCUUGGAAUACGUGGAGGCGUUUUGCGGGCCGAAUGUGAUGGCCAUUCACACUAUGCUGAUCAACAAACCGCCCGAUUCGGGCACCAAAUCCUCUCGACAUCCAUUGCAUCAGGACUUGCAUUACUUCCCGAUCAGACCCGUUGACAAGAUAAUCGGCGCGUGGACUGCGAUGGAGACAAUCAAUAGGGCCAACGGCUGUCUUGUGGCCAUUCCGGGCACCCAUAAGGGCGCACAUCUGGAGCACGAUUACCCCCAAUGGGAGGGCGGCGUCAAUAAGAUGUAUUACGGCGUCAAAGAGAUGUCCGGACAGGAGAAUCGGGUCCAUCUGGAGAUGGAGGCCGGGGAUUGUAUACUAUUUCAUCCGCUACUGAUCCACGGCUCGGGAACCAAUCAGACCAAAGGGUUCCGCAAAGCCAUAUCGUGUCACUUCGCGGCCGCCGAUUGUCACUACAUCGACGUCAAGGGAACCAUUCAGGAGAACUUAGCCAAUGAGGUGCUCGCUGUGGCCGCCAAGAAGUUCGGCAAUAAGUUUGACGACUAUAGUCUUUUAUGGAAAUUUCGAUCACAACUCGUGAGGGGAAAGGAAGUGAAUCUUUGAAUACGCUUUUAAUGACAACUUUUAUGGCAAUAUUUAAGACAUAAUUUUACAAAUAUUGAAAAUUUUUGACAACUACUAUA